CUUACACGACCAACCACGAAGAGUGUCGUCAUCAGAACGCAAGUUUCGUUUUCACUCAGCUUUUUGAGUCUGACAACGUUUUGAACUCCUACGCACCGUUAAAACUAAAGUACCAGAAUCCAUUACAAAAAUGUUGGACGUCACGUCGAAACAUGUUUAAAUUCAAAUUUAAUUUAAUGUCAAAAUUCGUGGAGACUACGUUUCUGCAUUGUUUUUUAGUGAUCAUCUUGGUGAUUUCUGUUGAUACUCUGGAGUUUCAUGUUCAUGGUUCAGGUCCUCUGGUUGUUCCUCUGGGAGGUUCAGUGGUUCUGCCCUGCUAUGUUGAAACACCCUUAGUAAUGGAGAGGGUGAUGGUGGAAUGGAGAAGAACAGAUUCAGAGACUCUGGUUCAUCUGUUUCUAAAUGGAGAUAUCAGACCAGAGGAUCAACAUCAGGAUUAUCAUGAUAGAGCUCAUUUCUUCACUGAAAACAUCAAACAUGGAAACUUCUCACUCCUGUUGAAGAAUGCGAGAGAAGAAGAUAAAGGGAUUUACAGAUGUAAAGUUUACAGUGAACAGGCUGCUGACAAAACAUUGGUUGAAAUAAAAGAUGUUGAAUAUUUGAUAGUGUCAGGAUCAAAUCAGUCCAUAUCUGCAUAUGUUGGUGAUGACGUCACUCUGAGCUGCUCUGUGGACUCUCACAUCAAACCUGAAGAGAUUAAAAAGGUUUCAUGGAAGAAAAGAGAUAAAGAUAAAGACAUCCUGGUUCUUCUCUAUCAAAACAAUGAAACUUUAUCAGAAUCAUCAGAUGAACAAUACAGAGACAGAGUUGAAUUCUUCACUGAUGAAAUCCACAGAGGAAACUUCUCUCUCAGACUGAAGAGAGUCAGAACUGAAGAUAAAGGAGUUUACAUCUGUCAAGUGUUUACUGGACGGCUAUCAGCAAACACAACUGUUAUACUAGAGAGACUGGGUUUUUCCGGUUUGCAUAUAAUGGUGUUGAUUUUCUGUAUUGCUGCAUGUGGAUUUGCUCUUCUGUUCUGCUCACUCACAUACUGUACAUUAAAGAAUAAAGACAUACAGCUGCUGCUUCAUGUUUGUCUUAACUUUUGCCCAAAUGUUAUGAUGGUACUGGCUUCAGUCUUCUGGUAUGCUGCUGAAGGAUCUUUGCUUGAGACAGUCUCUUGCUGUGCUCUCUAUAUUUUGAGGCCUCUAAGGUUGUUUUGGGUUACACCCCAUAUCAGUGAUUUUCCAGACACAAUUAUUAACCGUAUUAAGUCUUCACAUGCUGAUCAGUAUUUUCCUGCUGUUUUGGUAGUGAUGUAUUCAGCUCUGUUAGCAGAAGUUUUCAAAGACUUCGACACAGUCACUGUGGUGUUUAUCUGUGUAUCACUGGUCCUGCUGUGUCUGAGCUUUGUCAUACAUUUGGCUAAAUGCUGUAUGAAGUUGCUCUCAGUCUUUGGAGAAUCGUGUCAACUAAAGAACAAUGAAAUUAUUAAGAGUGUUGCUGCCUUCUGCUUUUAUGUGCUGCCUUCAGUACAAGUCGGUCUUUUCUUCUACCCUCUUGUUGGCUUCUGGACAGCAUUUAUUGCUGCAGGGUUGCCAGUGCUCACUGGUUUGUGUUUUCUCAACUGCAAUUGCAUUGGCACAAAAAGGACACAAAAGCGCAGGUUUUUGUAUCUAAAUAAAGUGGUAUGGAUAGUGAUGUGUUUAAUGAGUGUGUGGAUGGUUUACUCUUACAUUGAAUUCCUUAUAAAUAAAGCAGGUUAUGUAGGACUGGUUUGUAUUGCUGGAUUUCUUCAAGCGUUGUGGGUGAACAUAUUUUCUGAAGUCCGAGUCAAUUAUCCGACAUUUUGGAACAAAAACAUUUUGUUCCUGUUUGGAUCAGUCGGUCUUGUUCUGGUGAACUCUGUGGCACUGAUGACAGACUUGAUAUUUGAAGCUGUUAAUGGUAAACGUCUGGUUGAAGAUCAGAGGAUUGUUGUCUUCCCCUCUGAAUGUCUCUUUACUGUACCUCUUCUGAUUUUACUCAUUUUUAAACCCUGGAAAGCUUUCAGAUCAGAAUCUCAAGGGGACUCUCUGAACUCAGAGAAUGUUGAUGGGACUCACUCUGAAAAGUGGACCUCUUUUAAACAGAACCAGAGGAGAGGAAAAUCUUUUGAAAUGCAAGUUGUGAGAAAAGUACCUUUGAGCAGUAAGGAGGAAGAUGAGAAUAUCACCUGACCUGACUUGAGGUCUUUCAGCAUAGUCUGUAUUGAGAGAAGUCAUUUAUGUAUAUAUCUUAAAAAUGCAGAGGUUUGUUAUGCAGAGAACAACCACCUGAAGUUAAUAACAAGCCUCAUGCAGUUUUAUGCUUAUAAAUAAAUGGCCUACAGCUUUAAGGAUUGUUUUGGUUGUAGAAUGUUUAAAUUCUUAAAAAUUAACUGAAAAAAGUCACAUGAAUACUUGUGUGGCUGGAGCACAGUUGUAGUGUAAAUAAAGUUAUAUUUUCACUUUUUACAAUUUUGAUUGCAUUUUUAUUGAGAAAAUGUUAUUGUAGUUUUUAAAUUUUCAAUUAGUUAUCACAAAGGCACUUUUUGUUUAUAUUUUCAAACAAAAUUUUGUUACGCUGCCAAUGAAGUCUGAAUGUGUUUCUCCGAGCAUUGCCUCAUGAGGCAGCGAGGCAACAAGUCAACUGCCAAAGCUUGACUCGGUUUUAAUGUAUUAUGUUUUUUUAUAAUGUGGAUUCAAAGUGCCUUAUUUUACUUUUA